CAUGUUUUUUCAAGUCAUGUGUAUUCGGGUGGAGAUCCCAUUAAACUCACACACGAACCUUUUACAGAUGCAAAUGGCCCACGAAUGUCAAAAAUUCACACCUGCGUCCUGCCGCCCCUCAGCUUCACUUUGAUCAGCUCUGAGGGAAGGCUGGCUUACUGGGUAUAUAAUGCCAUUCGAAGGGAAGUCAAAUUAUUGCAAACUGAACACGAGUAGGACUAGGUUACAAUGGCAGUCGUGCAUGGAAACCUUGGGAAUGGACACUUAAAGCAAUUCCAGCUGUUUCCAACCGCAGAUUUGGAAAGGAGGACUAACAUGCACACAACAGAUUACGCAGCUCAAGACAAGAUGAAGUUCCUCAAUGGCGCCUCCAGGGCGGACAGCGCGAGCUUGUUUACGCACCGCAGAAAACGUACCAACUUCACGCAGCAGCAGAUUGACGUCCUAGAGAAAGUUUACUUGGACACCAAAUACCCCGAUAUUUAUUUAAGAGAGAGACUUGAGGCACUGACCGGUUUGCCAGAGUCGAGAAUUCAGGUGUGGUUCCAGAACCGAAGGGCAAAGUCACGGCGGCAAGUGGGAGUUCCUGUUCCCAACAAGACCGGUGGAAAUAUCCUGACCACCAACAAUCUCCUUAUGAACCAGUUUAUGACACAUCAGAACCACACCGGCCUGGAGACACAAAGAACACCAAAGUUUGUUGCAAUGGACAACUUCAGUCAACAGAUGAUCAACUCUUCAGAAGAGAAGAUCUGCACCAUGAAAGGUGACAUAUAUGACCCGACCACGAUUCCAUGCAUGUUCAGCAGAACCGAGGAGAACCAAAUCAAAGCAGAUCAUCUGAGCGUUGUGGUGCCACGCAAUUACGCACAGCAGUAUCCGAAGGGACAUGGGCAGUUCACGGCCGCAAGCCAUGCUAAGUCUACAAUGAAGCAAUUUUUGGUGGAGUACGACAACUUCCCACCAAACAAAACCAUUGGGCCGGAGAUGAAGGUGGUUAUUCCACCUCUUCCAUCACAGAAUAACUUCAUGAUGUCUUCAUCAUCCCCCAAACAUGUUGCCUGUUCUGUCCAAAACAUGCCAGUCAAGGUCCAGCCAGGAAGUUUUGGAACCUUUUCUCCUAUCAGAGCAAGUGAAGCUGUGGAGUUCUCAGAUUCAGACUCGGACUGGGAAAGAGAAGCCAUUUUUAAUGGGUUUAUUUAGCUUUUUAAAUUUUAACACUCACAGACUUUAUCUGAAGCUUUGAAGAACAUUUAAGGUUUGAAAAUCAGAUAUUUAUUGUAUAUUUCAGAUAUUAUUGUAUAUUAUGUAUGUGAUUAUCAAACAAUUGGGGGUAAAAGGGAGACAUUCUACAUUCAUAAUAAAAAUCUCUAUAAACCACCAAAAUACAGACUCUGAGCCUUUAUGAAGAUAAUAGAAAUCAAUUUAUUUACAAAUGUUUUGUUUUCAUGCAUACACUUACAGGUUAAAAAACCCCACAAAACUACCGCAUUUAAAAACACACCAGUGGGGCAUUUGGGUGAUUAUUUCUUCUUCUAAGGACAAGACAAACUGUUUCAUUCCACACAGCUGUCUAUUAUAGGACUUGUAUAAACAGAUUGGUUGCUUUGCAAAAAUACCUAAAUCUGGCAAGUCAAAAAUGUCCACAUUACCCUAUAUAUGAUCAAUUUAUUGAUAUAUUUUGAGUGAACUGUACAGUUAUCUACAAUGUACAUAUUUAAAACAUACAGAACAGUUUAAAACAGACAGAACAGUACCUCUUCUCUCAGGACACUCAAAGUUAAGCACUUCGAGAGAGAGACAGAGGAAAUAAAAUUAUGCAAAACGAUUUCAAUCAAACAAACAAACUGCACCAAUAAGUAGUGUCACUCAGCAUACACCCUAGUUGGAAACCAGCAAUAAUAAUAAAAAUAAA